AUGGCUGGGGAAGACCUAAUCGAGCUCAAGUUCCGGCUGUUCGACGGCAGCGACAUCGGCCCGGACAAGUACGAUCCGGCCACCACCGUCGCCACCCUCAAGGAGACCAUAGUUUCUCGAUGGCCCCAAGGUGAGAUAUCCUGGUAAUCAAUCGAUCUUGGGCCUUUCUCUCUCUGAUUCUUGCCUGUUCGCCCCCCACUCCCCCCCCUCCCUCCCUCUUCUUGCUUCGGCGGAUUUGGGUUCUGCCGAUCAUCUCCUCAGGAAGAUUCAUGCUUUGGAGUAGGGAUUCCUGCUCCACUGUUGGCGAUUUCUUCUCUUUUUUUAAUGAUGGGUCCCCUGCAAUCGUCGAUUGACCGGAUGAUUUUGCAAGAAUUCAUGAAGAUCUUCGUGCCUGCUCACCAGAUCUCCACAGGCGAAAAUUCUCUGUUACAAUUUGUGAUUGAACCCGAUUCGUUCUGACGAAGAUGGUGAAAGCGACACAGGGCAGCACUUUAGUCUUGGGAAACAAAGUUCUAAAUCCCUUCCGUUAUACACCGAUUCUUGUGGAUUUGAGUGUGUGUGUGUGUGUGUGAGAGAGAGAGAGAGAGAGCCUGUUCAUCAAUAAGAUUGACCCGAUGAUUUUGCACGAAUUCAUUAAGAUUUUCAAGCCUGCUCAUCAAAUCGCCACAGGUGAAAUUCUCUGUUACAGCUUGUGAUUUGAGUUAGCGAGAGAGAGAGAGAGAGCACUGAUGCAUGCUUAUGAGGCACUGCAUGGUUAGGGAAGGUUUCAGAUUCCCGGAUCAUCAGAAAUCUCCCAUGGCAUUAAUCUACCCCAACUUAACUGAAUUAAGUUUGUGAUAAAUUUGCCACAUUCUUUUGGGGUUAACCCGAACAUGUUUCAAACUCUAUUUUUUGGGGCCUUGCAGAGGCUUGUUUGAGACUGGAAGGCGUUGGGUCUUUGAGAUUUAGAGAGAGAGAGAGAGAGAGAAAGAGAGAGGUAUAGUCCUUCCCUUGUACAAGAUUGAGUAGGAUCCUCACCGACCGCUCGGAUCAAAUUCUGCUAAUUGAGCUGAGGCUUUUCUUUCCCCUUUAAUCCUUGGAUUCUCUCGACCACUCUUCAGAUCCCCUCCUUGAAGCUGUUGAAGCAGCUUCUUUCCCAUUUCUGGAAAUCUUGUUCUCAUUCUUCAGCUGAUCUAACUUAACUUCUCUCUCUCUCUCUCUCUCUCUCUCUAGCAUCUGCACCGUUUCAUAUGAAAAUCGACGCAUACCCAGUCAGCAACUCACCCGUGCACUUAUCGUCAGCUUCAAAAAUCAUUUUUUUUGGUUGCUUUAAUUGGGAAGAAGAAGAAGAAGACAAUAAUAAUCAUCCUGAACUGAAUUUGGCAUGUUCUUCUUCAUCGAUCUGACACAUUUUGGGCUUGAUUCCAGGGAAAGAGAUCUCUCCGAGGACGAUGAAUGAUGUGAAGCUGAUCAAUGGGGGGAGGAUAUUAGAGAACAACCAGACCCUCGCUACCUCCCAAGUCCCCGUUGCCGACCUCCCCGGCGGGGUCAUCACCAUGCACGUCGUGGUGCGGCCGCCAACCUCCGACAAGGCCCACGGUACCUUCCUCUUCUUCCUCCUCUUUACUUGAUUCAGAAAUAUCUCUCUGUCUGGUUUUUGUUUUUUUGGUCUCUCUCCUUACCUGUUUCGGAUCACUGGCACACCCUGAGCUCAAUUUAAAUAAUAAUAAUAAAUAAAUAAAACUAAGAAUGGGUAUGGUUAUGACUGUCUGAUGAUUGUUUUUUCUUGAAAUUAUGGAAAGUAUGAUUUCUUGAAACAGGAUUUUUUUUUUCCCUCUCUUCUGAACACUGGAUUUCCGAAUUAUCUGAAAACAAGCUGUGAAUGGUGGCGCCAGUUCAUCUGUUUCAUCGACGUCGUCUCCUCAAUCAGUUCUUGUUCAUAAGAGAACCUAAUCUGUUCAUGAAAAAUGAAUAAAUAAAAUAAGAUCAUUGAGCUUGUUCUGUGGCUGGUUCAGAGAAGCAGCGCGCCGACAAGUCGAAGCAGAGCAGAUGCGGAUGCUCCAUUCUGUGA